CUAAUGAACAAUUAUGUCAAGCAAUAUGCUGGAUCAGAAUACAUGUACCCUGCUGCCAGGGCGUACAAGGCAGAAGUAUAUGACAUGUACAUUGCAAAUGUCAGAAGCAAUCCUGAUAUUGCUGCUUGGUUAGAUAGGUUCCAUUCCUUGUUGUGGUACCGAAGUGCAUUCAACCCUACUAUCAAAUGCGACUAUGUAACAAAUAACAUUGCUGAGGUGUUCAAUAACUGGAUAAAGGACUACAAGGACCUCCCUGUUUGUGACCUGGCUGACAAAAUUAGGAUAAUGAUCAUGUAACUAUUCUACAAGAGGAGGCGGAUAGGAAGGAGGUUGGAGGGAAAGAUUUUACCUUCUAUCAUAGCACAACUCAAUGCAAGAACUAGAGGACUUGGACACUUGGAGGUCAUAAAAGGCGAUGACUAUGUUGCAGAGGUGAGAGACAAUGGUGAUUGUUUUUCUAGAUAUGUGGUGAAGGCUCAUCUUAGAGAAUGUUCAUGUAAGGAAUGGCAACAUACAGGGAAGCCCUGCCACCAUGCAUUAUGUCUAAUUACCGCACAGCAAUAUAGAAAUGUAAUGAUGGAGGAGUUUGUCGACGAUUACUACUCAGUUGACAUGUUUAGGAAAGCUUAUGAGAGAUUGGUGGAGCCAAUUGAAAGCAAAUUAUUUUGGCCAAAAGUGGAUUUUGCAAAGGAGGUUGGUGCUCCACUAGGCAAGAGAGGCGUGGGACGUCAAAGGAAAAAUAGGUUCAAGAGUUGUCUAGAAGGUGGGAGUAGUAAGAAAAAGCCUGCCAACGAAAGGGAGAAAGCUAAGAAGAUUAUUCGAGGCAAAUUCAAGUGCCCUAAUUGUGGGGAGUUAGGGCAUAGGAAGACUAGCUACAAAUGCCUCCUAAAUGGAACGAAGAAAAGGAAAAGGAAACCAAGAAAGAACUCAACAAAGAAAUGGUUUCCUAAGGAGCCAGCUGAAGCUUCUUCAUCACAGCCAGAACUAGGGCAUUCUGGUCAACACCAACUUGUCUCCACUGAUGUUCCAGAAGAAAUAGUUGGUACUACCCCACAGAGGAGAGUGAGGUGUGCUGUCAAAAAGAAGAUUACUCCGAAGAAGAAGAUCUGCUUCUGAGUAGCUGCUUAAGUAUGGCAGUUGUGUCUGUAUUUUAAGUAUGAAUUAUGGCAGUUGUGUUUGUAUUUUAAGUAUGAAUUA